AUGAAAGAUCUUGGUGAGUUAAAGUUCUUUCUGGGGAUUGAGUUUGCGAGGUCUAAGGAAGGCAUAAUAAUGAAUCAGAGGAAGUAUGUCAUGAAACUAAUCUCUGAAUCUGGCCUAGGUGGAGCAAAACCUGCUAGAACCCCUCUUGAAAUGAAUCAGAAACUAACUUCGGUAGAGUAUGACAGUUGGGAUAAAACUAAUGAUGAAGAUGAGGUGUUAAAGGAUCCUAGUAGCUUCCAAAGAGUGGUAAGGUACAUCAAAGCUAAUCCUGAGCUUGGCCUUCUGAUGCCUGUUGACAACACAAAUAAACUGACAACCUAUUGUGACUCAGAUUGGGGAGAUUUCCUACAAACAAGAAGAUCAAUCACUGGCUACUUAGUCAGAUUUGGGAAUGCCGUAGUGUCAUAA